AUCCGAACGUAGGUUGAACUGUGAUCAAAAGGACAAGACAUUUACUGGUCUCAUCCGCCAAAUCUCAUCACUUGCUUUUCCCAUCAUGUCUGAACUACGCUUCGACGACCGUGUUGUUAUUGUCACCGGUGCUGGAGGAGGUCUUGGCAAGGCUUACGCGACGUUUUUUGCGUCCCGAGGUGCCUCGGUUGUUGUGAACGAUCUUGGCUCAAGCCGAACUGGAGAUGAGGGUGGCGACCACAAGGCCGCCGACGUUGUUGUGAACGAAAUUAAAGCUGCCGGUGGGAAGGCAGUCGGCAACUACGACUCUGUUGAGGAUGGUGACAAGAUUGUGGAAACGGCAUUGAAUGCUUUUGGACGUGUUGAUAUCGUCAUAAACAAUGCUGGUAUCUUGCGUGACAAAUCCUUUGCUCGUAUGACGGAUGCAGACUGGGAUCUUGUCCACCGUGUUCACGUGCGUGGAUCAUACAAAGUCGCUAAGGCUGCAUGGCCCCACAUGCAGAAGCAAGGUUUUGGCCGGAUCAUCAACACAGCUUCCGCUGCCGGUAUUUACGGUAACUUUGGUCAAGCUAACUACGCUGCGGCGAAAUUGGCGCUUUUUGGAUUCUCCAACACAUUGGCGCGGGAGGGCGAAAAGAAGAACAUUCGAGUGAACACUAUUGCACCUCUUGCAGCGUCGAGAAUGACGGAAACUGUCAUGCCUCCCGAGAUCCUUGCUGCCCUCAAGCCUGAAUUUGUCGUACCUCUGGUGGCUUACUUGUGCCAUGAGUCUACCGAGGAGACUGGCUCGAUCUUCGAGGUUGGUGCCGGGUUCGUUUCCAAGCUCCGAUGGGAGCGGUCCCCUGGAGCCGUCUUCAAGGCCGACUCCUCCUUCACUCCUUCGUCCGUUGCCGCAAAAUGGGGAGAGAUCACGAGUUUCAACAACCCACAAUACCCCACCUCCAUCAUGGACACUGACUGGGUUGGGCUUUUGGAACAAGCUAAGGGACUCAGUGGUAACCCCAACCCCUCGGAGCUCCGCUUCGACGGCAAGGUCGCUAUUGUGACGGGUGCUGGAAACGGUCUUGGCCGCGCCCACGCAUUGUUGUUCGCCAAGCUCGGUGCUUCCGUUGUCGUUAAUGAUCUUGGUGGAUCCACCAAGGGUGAGGGUGUUGAGCAAUCUGCUGCUGACAAGGUUGUUGACGAGAUCCGUGCUGCGGGAGGCAAGGCGGUUGCAAACUACGACUCAGUUGAGGAUGGUGAGAAGGUCGUUGAUACCGCCAUCCAAGCGUUUGGACGCGUUGAUAUCAUUGUCAACAACGCUGGUAUCCUUCGUGACAAAUCCUUCGCUCGUAUGACUGACAACGACUGGGACCUCGUGCAGCGCGUCCACCUUCGUGGUACCUACAAGGUAGCUAAGGCAGCCUGGCCUCAUAUGGUUAAGCAAAAGUAUGGUAGAAUCAUCAACACUACUUCGGCUGUGGGUCUCUACGGAAACUUUGGUCAAGCAAACUACAGUGCUGCCAAGGCGGGUACUGUCGCCUUCAGCAACACUUUGGCCUUGGAAGGUGCGCGCUCCAACAUUGUUGUUAACACCAUUGCCCCCAAUGCUGGUACGCGUAUGACCGCCACGGUCAUGCCUCCAGAAAUGGUGGAGGCUCUCAAGCCCGAAUACGUUUCUCCUUUGGUUGCCUACCUUGGUCACGAAAGCAACACCGAGACUGGUGGUGUCUUUGAAGUCGGCUCUGCAUGGGUCGCAAAGGUUCGCUGGCAACGAACUGGUGGCGUUGGUUUCCCCGUGAACAAACCUCUCCUUCCCGAACACAUCGCCGCCAAAUGGGCCGAAAUCACCAACUUCGACGAUGGCCGGGCCACCUACCCCACAAACACGCAAGAGUCGUUCGCCGCUGUGCAAGCAAACUUUGACAACGUUGCAGGUGAUGUUACACCCGCGGCGGCCGCUGAGGCCAAGCGUGAAGCGGCACCUGUCACGACCGAGUCCGCGUCACCUGCCGGCGGUGUGGCAGUUCCUGGCUUUGCAUCAUCCAAGGUGUUUGAGCAGAUUGAGACUGGCUUGAAAGCCGCCUCUCCCGCUGCUAAGGCCGCGCAAGUCAAGAAGAUCAAGUCGAUCUUUGCGUUCGAAAUCACAAACGCCGAAGGAAAGAAGCAGACAUGGUUUGUGGAUCUCAAGAAUGGCGAGGGUGCUAUCGGCGCAGGUAGUCCACCAGGCAAGGCUGACAUGACUGUCCUUGUGGGCGACAAGGACUUCCUUGAGCUUGCUGCGGGCAAGCUCAAACCCCAGAAGGCAUUCAUGGCGGGCCGCAUCAAGAUAAAGGGCAACAUGGGACUUGCGACCAAGAUUGAUGCGGUCUUGAAGCUCGCCUCUGGCAAGGCAAAGUUGUAGAGGGUCAUAUAUUUUAUGGGAUUGUUUCUUUUACUUGUAUCGCCGUAUGUGGAUUUUCAUAAAACAUGAUUGCAUAUUUUCGGGUCGGAACCUCAUUUGAUCACGGCAAUAAUUUAUUAGAAUAUACAGUAGAGUGUGCAUGUGUGACUGCACUAGUGAUUCAAGC